AAAAUGCUGUUUUUUUAGUACCACUGAAAAGGUAGCUCAGAUUCUUUGUUCCAGCGUCGCCACCAUUCGAAUUCCGAUGGCUCUACUUUCCUCCGCCACACACCGCAUCCCUUUCAUCUUCUCCCAAAACCCUAAUCCUAAACCCUUUUCUGUCUCCUCUCUUCAUUUUCAAUCUUCUCUUUCUCCCAACCCUCUCAGAUUCCCUUCUAUUCGCUUCAUCGCCCCCGCCGCCGGCGACGCCGACAAGGCAUCCGCUGACAUCUCCGAUGAGUGGGGCGAAAGCUCCGAGCCUGAGCCCGAAGCAUCGUCUGCCCCCAAGCUUCCUGAUGUGGACCCUCCCAAGGAUGAGGACGAAUGGGGAGGAGUAGCAGCAGGAGCAGACACCGGCGGUGGCUACGUUGACGCCGGUAAUGGAACUCCAGCUACUCCUACCGAAGCUCCGGCGGAGGAUGGAGUGGAUGGUAACCUCUAUGGGCUGAAGCGGGCUCUGGUAGACACUGUGUUCGGGACUGAGCUCGGGUUUCGAGCUGGGUCGGAGGUUCGAGCUGAGGUGUCUGAGUUGGUGACUCAGUUGGAAGCGGCGAACCCCACACUGGCACCGGUGGAGGAGCCUGCCCUUCUCAAUGGAAAUUGGGUUUUGCUGUACACCGCAUCUUCUGAACUGCUGCCUCUUCUAGCAGCAGGAGCAUUACCUUUGGUGAAGGUAGACAAGAUUUUGCAAACAAUUGAUACUAGCAGCGCAACUAUUAUAAACUCUAUUACGUUGUCUAGCCCUUUUGCCUCUCUCUCUUUUAGCGCAUCUGCCUCAUUUGAAGCUCGAAGCCCAACAAGAAUACAGGUCACAUUUAAAGAAGGUUCGUUCCAACCUCCGGAGAUUAAGUCUAAAACUGAACUGCCCGGAAGCAUAGAUGUUUUUGGCCAAAGGAUUAGCUUACUGCCUCUGCAACAAACCCUUGAUCCUCUUCAGGGUGUGGUGGCAAACAUAUCACGUGUCAUUUCUGGUCAGCCACCUCUUAAGAUUCCCAUUCCUGGCGAGAGGACAAGCUCCUGGCUUAUUACUACAUAUCUUGAUGAGGACUUGAGAAUAUCGAAGGGAGAUGGCGGUCUUUUUGUCCUUGCCAGAGAAGGCAGUCCCCUUCUCGAUCAGUAGGAAAGUAUACUCUUAUUAUUCCUUUCAUCUCCCUCCACUCCAUUCCUGCCCCUCUGAAAAUAAUGUGAAAGGUAUAUUCAAGAUGUCUCAUCUGCUUUCUUUCUUCUUUUUUAUUCAUCUCAAGCUGUUGUAUAUUAAUAGGGCACUUGCUUCUGUUAUCAGGAUGUAGUUCAAUAAAUAGUUGUUGGAGAUACGCUCAGUCCCCUGUCAACUUUGUUGGGGGACAUAUGAUAAUUUAAUGAAACUACUUUUGAGAUGAUAAAA